CCAGUUCGAAGGUCCCGUUAGUUUCCGGUUCUUCGUCUGUGGCGGGCGAACUCUCUGCUGCGGCGCUGGCGCCUGUGUGUGCCGGCUCUGGGCUCUGGGGCGAGUCCGUGGCCGGUGUGUCGUGUAUGGUGUUUUGUGUGUCGUGUAUUUGGGCCGGUGUGGCAUGUGUGUUGUGUGUUUGGGAGGAUGUGCCUGCUUUUGGUUCGUCGUUUGCGGUCUCGUCUGUCACUAAUGCGUCUGCUGGAGGAGCGUCUGUCGCAGGUCAUUGAUCCAUCUCUAGAAUGGCCCCUUAUAAAUACAAGAAUUUGGAAGAUUCAAUACAAAAAAUUUUGAAAGGAACUGUGACACUUAGUGAUGAAGAAAAGAAGAGAUACAAUAAAUAUCUGAAAGAGAUUUUUGAUGUGCUGGAAAAUGAAAUGAAGAAAGACCCAGCUUUUAAUGCACUUUUUCGACAGAAACAGUAUGUUGGAAGUUUUUAUGAAAAUUUGAAAAUUGAUAUGCCUGAUGAAUUUGAUAUUAAUUUUGAAUUGUGUCUUCCGUCAUACAUUGGCGUUGUGGAGGUUUGUAGCAGUGAACACCCUGGUUUCUGUCAGCUCCGACUGCUUGAAAACAUGUCAUCAGUGCCUGACACACGAAAGGCAGAAGCCAAAAAGCAAGUGAAGAAAUGGACAGAUGCUGAUGGGUUUUUCUCAAGAUAUAAAGUGAAUCAGUGGAUGCAAAGUGUUGUUGACAAAGCAUUAAGAGGAUAUGAGCAAAAUUAUAACCAAAAGAUAUAUAAGUUCAACAGAUCAACUUCCGGACCUGCUGUCACUCUAACUGUAACACUUAUCAAACACCCUGAGCUACGCUUAUCACUUGAUUUUGUUCCUGUUUUUGUAUUUGAAUACUGGCCAACUGUAGAAAAUUUGCGUGACUGGACACCAGAAAUGAGAGUAGAGAAGUGGUAUGCAGUUCCCAAAUCCAUUAGCAAUGACAAAGAUUUCCGAUUAUCUUUCUGGCAUCAGGAGAAAUAUCUGCUUCGUGGUACAGAUCAAAUGAAGUCUGUACUAAAACUGAUUAAGAAACUUAGAGAUGAUCAACAGUGGAAAGGAUUUUCAAGCUAUUAUAUAAAGACAAUGUUUUUAUGGAAGACUGCUGCCAAUAGUAGAUAUUACUGGCGUAAAGGUUUGGGUACUACUUUUAUUGAGAUGCUUAAUGAUUUCAAAGACUAUUUGCUGGAACAAAAUGCUCUUCCAUUUUUUUGGAUAGAGGAAAAUGAUCUGUUGUCACAAUUAAAUCCACAUGAGAAACAAAACAUAGGAAGAUAUCUUCAUCAUAUGCUUAAAGAUAUUGAGAGGAACCUUGACAAACCAGGACAUCUAGAAAAUUAUUUCAAACUUCGUGAGAGGGUGCGCCCCUUUGAAGAAGACUCCGAUGAUGAAAUAAUCUGGAAUGACUCUGAUGAGGAAGUCAACUGGAACCCGGCCAUAGCAUCUAGGGUUAUCAACCAGGAUUCUUCAUUACUUACUCACCCACAGGAAAAUAAUUUUGGAACUGUUGCAGCAAUAGCUGUUGGAGCAGCAGCACUUUUUGCAGCAGGACUAUUUGCACAUGUAUUAGGGGAUAGUAGAAGAGCCCGAGAAUGAAUGGGGGGAAAAAAGGCUACUAGUCUUAUUCAGUUAAUAGUUUUUUUUCUACCUCUGUUUGAUGUUCUUAAUUAACACAAUUUCACAGCUAUGUUUUACAAUCACUAUCUCCUUUUAGUAAUGCUUGUGCCAUGGUAAUGUUAUUUAGAAAAUUCUGAUUAAUGAUUCUUUAAAAUGUGCAUACAGAGAGUAUUCCGUGUAAUUGAUUAAAUCUUUCUCACACUAAAUUAUUGUCCUAGUUCAUGUCCAAACAGUAGGAUAACACAUAAAAUAAGUGAGGGAAAUAAGUAAAAUGUAUAUUCCUUUUCUCCUUUUUUUAUUUUCUGACUUUCCUGUGAUUAUUUUAGGACUAAAUCAAAUUUCUAGUAAUAGUCCAAUGGAAAUUCAUAAUGCUUGCCAUGAAGAUUUUUCUUCGGCAUGUAUUUCAUGGACUCCUGAUUUGAUUGUAAAAUUGUACAGAUAUGUACAUGGUAAUAAUUUCAUGUCCAGUUGGGAAAUUAAAUUCCUUUUUCAGUCAGCCAGUCAGUAUAUAGCACCAAUAAAAGUUCUCAAUACAAGUUUUCUGUUCAUACAAUUUUUCACAAGUAUUUAAUCAAAGUACAGUUGUCUACAUCUACUUCAACAUCUGCACACUGAAAACUGCUGUGAAGUGUGUGGCAAAGGAUACAUCAGAUUAUACCCAUUCCAUUCAUGUAUGGAGUGUGGGAAGAAUGAUUGUUUGAAUGCCUAUGUGCAUGCUGUAAUUAAUGUAAUCUUGUCAUUAUAUCUAUAUGGUUACAAAACAUAGUUGUUGUAGUAUG